AUGACUAUGGUAAUGACUAUGGCUAUGACUAUGGCUAUGACUAUGGCAAUGACUAUGGAUAUGACUAUGGAUAUGACUAUGGAAAUGACUAUGGCUAUGACUAUGGCUAUGACUAUGGUUAUGACUAUGGCUAUGACUAUGGCUAUGACUAUGGCUAUGACUAUGGCUAUGACUAUAGCUAUGAUUAUGACUAUGGCUAUGACUAUGGCUAUGACUAUGGCUAUGACUAUAGCUAUGAUUAUGACUAUGGCUAUGAGUACGGCUAUGACUAUGGCUAUGACUAUGUCUAUGACUAUGACUAUGAUUAUUGCUAUUACUAUGGUUAUGGAUAUAGUUAUUAUUACUAUGCCUAUUAUUAUGGCUAUUACUAUGACUAUGACUAUUACUAUAGAUAUUGCUAUUACUAUUGCUAUGACUAUAGUUACUAUUAUUAUUACUAUGUAUAUUGCUAUACCUAUUACUAUGCUUAUUAAUAUGUCUAUUGCUAUUACUAUGGCUAUUACUAUGGUUAUUAAUAUGGCUAUUAUUAUGGCUGUUAUUAUGAUUAUGAUUAUGAUUAUGGCUAUGGCUAUGGCUAUGACUAUUAUUAUGGCUAUGGCUAUGGCUAUGACUAUGUCUAUGACUAUGGCUAUGGCUAUUACAUACAGACACUCAAAAAUAAUUAUUAAUUACAAAAUUAUUAAAUACUUAUAGUAUCUGAAUCAAAUAUUUUAUCGCCUGUUUUUUUCACUUAAUUACAUGGAAGGAUAUUAAAUAAACAAUUAAUAUCAAGAUUUUCUUGAAGAACAAAUUUAAAACAACCUUAUUAUUGAGCAGGUUUUUCAGGGUUUAUACUUAAGUAUUUUUUUGAGUAUUCAUGGAAAAAAAGUACUUAUUUCCCAUAUAUGA